AAUCUGUAAUGUCUCAUGAUGAAUAUUUAUAGAUGAAGACGAAUCAACAUCCGACGUCAAUAUCUAAAUUAGAAGCUGACACAUAUUUUGUCAUCGAUAUUUACUGUUUCCCCCAAAAUUGUUGAGUUUGCAUUUCUCUUGUUUUGUGUAAUUCAAGAAUUUCCAAGGUUUGCCAAGCCAAAGAGUAGUAGUGGAGACAAGCUCCUGCUAUCUUUAAAAAAAUGUUCUGAAAACCGACUGACAACCAAGCCCGACUUCUGUCCGUCUCGUGUUGUGUGUUUUUACUGACAAUGGAAGGAAGGAAGGUGGGAGAGGGUCCGGUCCGGGCGCUGUAAAACCAGGGCAUUGGGGGCGCGUAGAUGAAACCCGUUGAUCUCGGAAGGCAGUUCAUCUAAGUGAGUGAAAAUUGAUUAUUUCAGACCUCAACCAUUCUCCAGUCAUACCCAUUCAUAGCAAAGGUUUGGGGAGUAAACCCCGAGGAUGAAUGCAAAGCAUAAGCUGUGACAACUCCAAUAAUUGCGCUGGUGCCAAGCUGAUUUGGCCCUUCUCUUAUACAUCAUCGAUGAUGUAGAGAGAGAGAGAGAGAGAGAGGCGAGAGUGAAUACAUAGACAAUUCCGUGUCUUCCGUAGCACUUCGUCUCGGAGAGGACACGCCAGCAAUCGUAUACAAUGGAAACUAGCAGUUUCUCCAGACACUUUUUUUUUCUGCUAGCACAGUCUCAAACAAGACUUUUGCAGGUGUAGAUCCUUGGCAUCGCGUGACUAACGGAUACUGAAGAAGAAAUAAGGAAAUAAUUAAAAAAAAAACAAUUUCAAACAAAAUCCUUGUCUUUCUGUUUUUAAUACUGAUAAUAAUUGCUAACCAAUUAACAUGAAUGUCAGAGAAAAAUAAACACAAAAAUAACUAACUAACAAACAAACAAAAAAGACAACACAGCGCAGAGAUAUACCGAGCGGAAUACUGUUUCUGUUUAUAUUCUGUUAUUCUGUUAAACGUGUUUAGUAAAACCUAAAACUCCGCCCAUUCUAUUUGAUUGACAGAUUGAGAAACAGUUUAACAAACAAGUCACAGCAUGGCUGAGAGACGGUACGUCCCGGAGGAUGUGGUGGAAUAUUCUCUUUUCCCAUUUGUUUCUGAACAUUUAGACGACUUGAAAGCACAAGAAUAUUUGGAAGAACAGAAGGACAUAUUUUUGGCUCAUCUCGGUCCAUUAUUAGUCGAUUAUAUCUGGCAGAAAGAGCCUUUUAAACUAAAAGCCGUCGUCGGAGAUGAAUCCACCCCACAUCAUCUACAUGGCUGCACCCAUUUUGGUGACAAUGUUCAAGACGAGUGGUUUGUGGUUUACCUGUUGUGUCAGUUGACACAACAUUUCUCAGGUCUCGUUGCUAAAGUUAGUGACAAUGACAAGGAAUUCCUUCUGAUCGAAGCGGCUGAUGUACUUCCAGAAUGGCUUAACCCUACCACUUCUGAGAACAGAGUAUUUAUCAAAGAUGGUGAAUUACACAUAAUUCCAAUGCCAACAUCAUCCAAAGAUUUAGAUUGGUUACCAUUGUUCACACCUACACUCCAAGAAGCAAUUCAAGCCGUACAUCAACAUUCUAGUGAAAUUCUGGCAUCGGCAGAAAUACAGAAAGUCAUAAAACGACGACUAGAAUGUUACCCAGAAAAAAUCGCGCAAGACUUUCACUCUGCUUAUUGUUAUAUUCCUGCUGGAUUGGCCGUAGCCUUGACACAACGUCCGUCUCUUAUAGCUGCUGGUGUUAAUGCAUUUUAUUACAGAGAUCCUGAUGAUUUGAAGGCUUGUCGCUCCUUCCGUUAUUUUCGUCCAGGAACAAGAGUCAUGACAUUAGUAAAGUUUACUCGCUGUUUGUAUGCACAACUUGUCCAACAAAACUUCCAACCCCACAGGGAGAGUGGCUGGAUUUUACCAAGUUCUUCAAACCCUAAACAUAAAGCUCAUGAAUUGGGGAUGAAAUUAGCUCAUGGUUUUGAGAUCCUUUGUUCCAAGUGUACAAAUCCUAACUUACAGAAUGGAGAAAGUAAUGACAACAGGAACAUACCUGAUGUUAGAUUAGAGCGAUUUAUAUCAACCCUCACUGAUAAAGGAUAUUUUAAGGGAGAACUUGAAGGAUCUGUACUAUACAAUGAGCAUUUGGAGAAAGCAAAACAGUAUUUUAAAGACAAUUUUGAUCACACUCCUUGCAACACAGAGCAACUGGGAUGUACGGUGCUAGAUUUGAUUCAUCAGAUUCCUUACAGCAUUGAGGAGCUCAGACUCCAAGAAAGGCUACUGCCACCAGAAGAUGAUGACUCUUGGCUGUAUGUUAGUCCACAAGAAGUUGAUGCUAUGAUUUUGAAAGCUGGUGGUAAAGAUCCCUCAAGAUGUGAAAAGUCUUUUGAUCCAAAUCAAGUAUCAAACAGCAUGAAAUCCUUUGUGGAAACUGUCUCAGACUAUGAAGGAGCUGAAUUUCCAAAAGAAUGCUUGGAAGAUGAUAUCAACUUUGAUUCCACAGGAUUUAUUCAUGCCAUGAAUAAAGUUUUUGAAUUUGAUGAAAGCAGUUCUGACAGCAGCUCAGAAAUGGAUGAGUAUGAUUGGAAUUCUUCAGAUGAAGACACUUCUAGAACCAGCUCCAAUUCCAGAAGUGAAAUGAAAUCAUAUCUUAAAGAAAUGGAUCUGGAAUUAUCAAAGACUACAUUAGGCAAAAGUUUUGAAUAUUCGAACAAAAAAAGCAAACCACCACGACCACCUCCCCCACAAAAGCUUUCGGAAUCUUUGCCAAAGAAAUCAACUCCACCUCAACGACCUCCACCACCACCACCACCACCGCCAAAAGUACAAUCAGUCCCUCCAGCUGAGUCGGUUCCUCAUAAUGGGUCCAAGCAAUCCCCUGAUGACAUAGAUGAUGAAGACGAAGGGUUUAGGCCUGUUAACAUUGAUGCGAACAUAGUGAAGAACCUGUUGGCUUCUCAUAAUAUUCAACCAGGCCAACCUGGGCCUGCAACAAACAUUUUGUCUUCGAUGGGUGUAGACCUUCACCAGGGUAAAAAGAAAGAGAUGUUUAUGAAUCGAGCUGGAAGCAAAUAAAAUCAAUUAAACUGA